AUGUGGUUGCUGGUUAUAGCGGCGAUACUCUGUUUGUAUGUGUAUCUGUGGUUACGGAUGUAUCCGGGUAAUCUGCCGGUCUAUCCAGGUAGAUUACCCUUACUCGGUAAUAUAUCACUAUUUUGGGGUAGCACUAUAGAGGUAUGGGAGAAAAUUAAGAAAGUGUCGAAAUUUUCAACUGAAAACGGUGACGUGGUGAUGUUCUACCUUGGCAUUAUACCAAUUUAUGUAAUAACUGAUCCCGAUGACUGCAGCAAAGUAAUGAGCUCUAGUCUGCAUCGACCCGGGAUUAUGAAGAAAUUUUCGAGAGAGUUCCUCGGGAAUGGUCUACUUGUCGGUCCAGUUUCAGUGUGGAAGGAGCACCGCAAACUUAUAAACCCGACCUUCAAUCAGCAAGUCCUGGACAGUUUUAUCGUCAUCUUCAAUACGCAAAGCCGACGUCUGGUGGAGCGCUGGAAGAGCUACGCCGGCAUGGGGCCAUUUGAUCAUCAACUUUGCUUGGAGAAGAAUACAUUGGAAACUGUUUGUUUAACAACAGCGGGAAUCGACAUCACUGACCAGAAUGAGUUUAACGAAGAGUGUUUAAUGGCCUACCGCACGGUCCUCAGCAGCUUGAUGGACAGGGGCAGGAACCCGUUGCUUUACAUCAACUGUAUAUACAAUAUGUCCAAUUUAAAGAAAGACGAAGACCGUAAUAUAAAAAUAACACACGAUUUGACUAAUCUGGUGUUAAAACGAAAAAGAGAAGGAUACAAAGAAAUUGAUAAUAAUAAUUCUGAUUCAAUGUUCAAGCCGUUCCUACACCGUUUGCUAGAACUCACGAGCAAACUGAGUGAACAGGACAUUCGAGAGGAAAUGAAUAAUAUCAUCCUCACUGGCUUUGAAACCAGCUCGGGAGUGCUGCUUUUCUGCCUAUUGCUAAUUGGGACAUACCCUGAUGUACAAGAGAAAUGUCUAAAAGAGAUCAACGAAGUCCUGGGUGAAUUAGACCGGGACGUGACAAAAGAAGACUUAUCGCAACUAAAGUAUCUCGAAGCCGUUCUCAAAGAGACAAUGAGGUUGUGUCCUGUCGUUCCCAUGACAGGGAGGAUUAUUACUGAAGACAUGCAGCUUAAAAACGCAGUCCUUCGCAAAGGUCAUCUGUGCGUUGUGUCGCUGUAUGGAGUUUUGAAUCACCCCAUGUGGGGUAAGGACGUCAACGAAUUCUCACCCGACCGCUGGCUGGACCCCACCCGCCUACCACAAAAUCCCAAUGCCUAUGGAGUUUUCGGCUACGGGAGGAGGAAUUGUAUUGGUAAAGUGUAUGCGAUGAUGACGAUGAAGGUGACUCUGGUGCAUAUUCUUCGGGCAUACCGUGUCAGCGGACAAUACCAUCAAAUGCGGAUCAAAAAUCAGGGCAUUAAUAAGCCAGCGGAUGGACAUCACAUUUCCAUAAAUUACCGAUAA